AAAACACAAUGUAUUGUAUUUGUAUAUAAUCAAAUUCCAGCAAUUCGAAAGCGACAUGUCGCGGACAGCCACACUUCGCAGAUAUGGGAAGUCGGCCCGCAAAACGAGAGCCGAGAUACUUUUUGCAGAGCUGCCGAGGAGUCCAACUAAGAAGGACGCGGCGUCAGAAUCAGAACCGGAAGCAAAGAACGAGCCGCUUGGUGAGGUGACCGACAUAACACAACAGUUUGCAUCCGUCACACUCGACGCAACAGCAUGGACAGCCGAUUGUCCCGGCACUCAGACUAGCGAAUUAUUAUCAUCAUCUCCAGUCCGGGAACGCGCAGCCUCUGGCAGUGAACCCGUUAGUUGCCGACAGCCAGAAGACAAUCAACAGAGACAGGAACACCACGAUGAAGAAGAGAGCUUUCAAGACGAAGACUUAUCUUUCGAUGGCCUCAGGAUUCUCACCUGGGAUGACCUCUGUCCCUCCGGCAACCGCAUUGAAAAGAUAGCCGAGGCUUCGUACGCUGAGGUUUACCGCAUCACCAACCAACUCGGUACUUCCAUUAUCAAGGUCGUCCGGCUCAAGUCGCCCAUCAAGCCGCAGACGAAAGCGCAGGAGCGAUCGGGCUUGGUAGACGAGGAGCCGCACUCGGAAGACGACAUGCUAGGGGAACUCCGCAUCUCCGAGUGGCUCGCCGACAUCCCCGGUUUUGUCGUCUACAAGGAGCGGUAUAUUGUGGAGGGCAAGGCGACCAAGGCUCUGCUCCAGACGCACCAGGCAUUCCAUCGCCGGAUGAAGCGCAAGGACCCAGACAGACUGCAAUUUUACCCGUCACCGAGCCGGUACCUGGAUGAGACGCGCUUUCUAGUCGUCGAGCUGGGCGACGCCGGCACCGCCCUCGAAGAUUUCGAGCUCACCUCCAUCAGCCAGGUGUGGGACAUCUUCCUCCACACGGCGCUUGCCCUGGCGCGGGCAGAAGAUCUGAUACAGUUUGAGCACCGCGACCUACACGAGGGCAAUCUCUGCAUCCGCCGCGUCCGGCCAGCAACCACGAAACCCUUUUCGUCUUCCUCGAGCCCACUCCGAUUUGGUUUCUCCGGCCUAGACAUCACCAUUCUAGAUUACGGCCUUUCCCGCGCCACCAACCCGUAUCCAGACCGACCUCAGUCCCCAAGCUCUCUACACAGCAGCAGCACCAACCCAUCGGUAGUAGCCUACGACCUAGAAAAGGACCUCAGCCUGUUCACGUCAACCCACGCACCACUGCAAACCAACACGUACCGGGCGAUGCGCUCGUUCCUGAUCCACGGAGACCGAGUUCCACUAAUGCUAGACCCGGCGCAGCACGCAGCGACGGGGGCGUACCCUAAGCGCUCGCGGAACGCCUUGAAUGGCAAGGGCAAGGGCAAGGCCAUCUCGUGGCGUGAUUACCACCCUUACACCAACGUCCUGUGGCUUGCGUACCUGUACGAGUACCUGACGAGCCAUUUCCGCGGCGAGGACCCGCGCGAGCUGGAGGACUUUUUGAGGGAAACGGCCGAGCUCAGGACACACCUCGACCCCAAAGCCCCGCCGCGGGUGCUGUCAUUUCCGUGUGCUGGUGAGGUUAUCAGGUUUGCGGUUGAGGCUGGGUGGGUGGGUGAAGAUCAGCUUGUGGGGGACAUGGAUGGGAGUUGGUUGGAGGGGAAUAGUCGGGUCGGUUAGGCGGCGAGGAAAGGGACACUGGCUGUGGCGGUGGUGGCACUGGUGGUGGUGAGCAGCAGGGUGAGCAGGGUCAUGGUCAUGAUCAUGGUCAUGGUCAUGGUCAUGGGGAGCUGGGGAAAUGAUGGGAUGCUACUAGGGCGGUAUGAGGGUGUUCUGGCCAGAGGCAGAGGGGGAAGAGGGGAGGAAGGCAAGAUGAGAUGAAGCCAGGGUGGGUGCGAGAAUCUGAGGUGAUCGCCGGGUGAGCGAGUGAGUAAGGGACAUGCGGCCACGUUCGAGCAGCUGUGAGCAUGAUCCCACGGGAGGUCAAGUGAGGGGG